CUCUUUCCAACCGACUGCGGAAGGCGCGCACGAAAAGUCAUUUCCGGGAAAGGGGAGUCACACUUUGUGGGCUGCAACAUGGAGGCGACUAGUGGAACUGAGGAGCUGGUUUCCGGGGAGCUGGUGUCAGUGGCACAUGCUCUUUCUCUCCCAGCCGAAUCUUACAGCAACGAUCCUGAUAUUGAGAUGGCUUGGGCCAUGAGAGCAAUGCAGCAUGCCGAAGUCUACUACAAGCUGAUUUCAUCAGUUGACCCACAGUUCCUGAAACUCACCAGAGUGGAUGACCAAAUCUAUUCUGAGUUUCGGGAAAAUUUUGAGAAACUCAGGAUAGAUGUAUUGGACCCAGAAGAGCUCAAAUCAGAAUCGGCUAAAGAGAAGUGGAGGCCAUUCUGCUUGAAGUUUGACGGGAUUGUAGAAGACUUCAACUAUGGUACUUUGCUGCGACUGGAUUGUUCUCAGGGUUACACUGAGGAAAACACCAUCUUUGCUCCCAGGAUACAGUUUUUUGCCAUUGAAAUUGCUCGAAAUCGGGAAGGCUAUAACAAAGCGGUUUACACCAGUGUUCAGGACAAAGAAGAAGAGAAAGGAGCCGAUAAUGGAGGAGAGAAAGGAUCUGACAGUGUAGAAGAAAAAGAGAAAGAAGCCAACAAAGAAAUCAGCGAAAGUGGUGAAACAGCUAUGUAAGGUAGACAGGGAACAGCACUGUAGAAGCUUUGACUCAACUGACCCUACAAGUUCCAUGAUGCUACUUGCAUAGACCCCCUAUGGUUAAAUGUGUGUCCUUGUGCAAUUGAAGGACAUGCAGAAGGAUGUCUUUCUAGCCUAAUAAUCAGAAGCUGCUCUGGUUGUUCUCUUGUAUGAACUGGCUUAAAGGCUUAGUGGGGUCUUAGUUGAUUGUUUCUUGAUAUAUAGUUUCUUGGCUCUCCCCACUGGUUGAGUAAGAAAUUUUGUAAAUAAA